UUCAAACUCCCGUUUCUUCAUUCAUUAAUUCUCUCUUCCUAUCACAACUUGAUCCAAACUUCUAAGUAAAUCUUGAUUAUCAUUUAAUCUUUGAAGAAGAUGAGAAGAAAUUUUAACUUGGAACUCAGCCUUAUGCCUCCUUGUAUUUCUUUUUUUCCUACGAAUUGCAGUACCCCCUACUUCUCAAUGGAGGAUCAAGAAUUAGAGAAGCAACCGCAACAUCAGCUAACCAUAUUUUACAAUGGCAAACUUGUGGUUUCUGAUGCUACCGAACUUCAGGCGAAAGCAAUAGUAUGUCUUGCAAGUAGACAAGUGGAAGAGAAAACAAAAAGAAAUUCAUCACCAAUUUCAGAGCCAACAUCACCAUUAUUACAACCCCAGACUGGUCUUUCUACAAAGAGAUCUCUGCAAAGAUUUCUACAGAAGAGAAGGAACAGAAUUCAAGCAACUUCUCCAUACAUGAUAUAUCACUAGCUGCUAUCCUUGGGCUUCAUCUUAGCUCGGCCCAGCCAGUUUCAGGCCCACUUACUUCUAGCUCUAUAUUAGGCCCAAUGGUUUAGUCCAUUUGUACAUACAUUUUGUAUUUUGGUGCAAUUUAAUGGGCAAGUUACCCAUUUGGCUGAUCGGUAAAAAAGAAUUA